GAAAAACAUAAAUAUCAAGUUGGAAGAGAAAAAAAGAAAAACAUAAAAUCAAGUUGGAUAUAAUUUUAAAUUUUAUUUAUUUUUCAAUUUAUAGUGAAUUAAAAUGCUUAAUGAAUUAUAAUUAUCAUUAACAAACAUUCAAGAGCUAAGAAAAUUAUAUAUAGUUAGAUGAAAAAAAGAAAAAGAAAUCACGAUGUUACCAAAGGAUACACAUUACCAAACCAUAAUUCAGAGAAUUGUUUUAAUUUUGGAAAUAUUCAGAAAUUUUAGCCUUUUUUUUUUUUUUUGGUAAUUGAUUUUUGAUUACAACUGUUUGCAACUUUGUAUUGUCACUUCAACAGAUAAUAUGAAAUUAUUUUAUCAACAAAAAUAUUAAAAUGGUAAUUAUAUGUAUAUUAAAGAUGUAUUGAUAUAUAUAUAUAUAUAUAUAUAUUUCUAAUUGUAAAAAUAAAAAAAAUUAAAAAAAGGAGCAUAUACAAGUAUAAAUUCUUACCCUAAUUUGAGAACUUUGUGAUCCAUAAAUCCUCCACUUGUUGUUUUGUAUUCUAAAUUAUUGUGGUAAUUCUUAAAAAGCUUUGUGCAAAAUUACCAUAACCUUCAUCGAUGACCAUAAAAUUUGGAUGGAAAUUUUCAUAAAAAGUUUUCAAAAUUUUCCAUCGAAUUUUAGCAUUUUUUUUUUCCCCUUCUUUUUUUAAAGAUAAAAUUUUUAUUAAGGGGAAUUUGGCCCAAUAUCCUGUAGGACCGAGCUUCAUGAAUUUUGCCCCCUCAAUUCAUUUCUUUUUUGAUCUACCCCUUAAUAUCUCUUAUAACCUUCAAACAAAAAACAAUUACUUAUAUAUCCUCUUAUUUUUAAAACCAAACAAAAAUCAACUAUUCCUUUUCUAAACGUCUUUACACUUUCAUACAAAUACAAAAAUACAAAAAAAGCAAACAAACGGCUUUAUACACGAACACACAAAUACAAACAACCAAACCGAAGCUGUCGUGGAAAAGCCAAACAUUAGGAUCUCAUCUCAGCACAGGGAAUAAGGUUGUACUUUAUAAUGGCACCAAAGAGGAACUUGCGACGUCAACCGAAGAAGGGAGUUAAGAAGGUGGAAAGUAAGAGACGCGGUGGUAGCACAGCAGCAGCACCCGACUCUAAGCGUCAACGUACUACUAGGCAGAAAUCCAAAUCUGAGACGGAAAGCACCAAACUUCGAGGGCACGUUCCACUUUCCUCUCCCCCAUCUGAUAUGCCCAUCGAUGCUCCAAAGGAACGGAUGUUGCAGGAUGCCGAUAUAAAUAAAGGUAGGGCACAUUCAUUCGGGAAUCCAAUAGGGGCGAACAAAGUAAUUACAAGUGUCCUCACAAGUGAGCAGCUCGAAAAGUAUAGACAAACAUGUUUUGGACACUUAAAACCGCCCGAACUGGAACGACUAUUCAAGGAUACACUUUUUGUGGAUGAUUGGGAUGCUGUUGGAAUUGCGUUACUAUAUUUCUUAGUUCAUGGUGUACUCGGAAUGGAUCUGAAGGUUCAAAUAAAAAAAAAAAAUUCAUUGAUUUGGUUGCUGAUCUCGACGUAUUUAAUUCCUACCCUUGGGGCAUUCUGAGCUACAAGGAGACGAUCAACUCAUUCCACAAUGCAUUCCAGCAACGAGGACGAGGACGUGCAGUAAAGAAUAUAUCACAGUAUUAUGACCUAAAAGGUUUUCCAUUGGUGUUUCAGGUGUGGGGGUUUGAAGCAAUCCCUGAUUUUGGUAACCAAUUUGCCGACCGGUUGGAAACCUGUUGUCCGAGGAUCCUUGGAUGGCAUACUCCAAGGCAACCAAACCAUUUUGCUGUCCAUAAUUGGUUCUCCUCCAAUAGCAAUUAUGUUGUGCACUGGACGUUAGAUGCUACCGAUGAGGAGAAGACUAUGGAUUACUGGUGAACAAUAGCAGUUGACAUACAUGAAGUUCGCUACACGUCACCUCCAAUUGUAGCACCAAUAGUUGGCGCUAAAGAUGUUGGCACUAAAGAUGUUAGCGCUAAAGAUGCGUCCAAAGCUGAGGAGCAUUCUAGUGGCCCUCCAGAUGCUAAUUUCAGGCUUGCUUGCUUGGAGGCAAAAGUUGAUGAAUUAAAUAAAGAGAUGGCAGCGUUAAGGAAGAUGCUUAGUUCUGUUAUUGACCAACAAAAGCAUCAGAGUUUGGGAACUGCAAAAAUAAUCAUUGUGUUUUGCAAGCCGAGCAUCAUAUGCAUAGCCAUUCACCGUCAUCUUCGGUUAGACCAUCAUCCCCUGUGGCACCGUCUGUUGGAGAGCAAGCUGAAGAAUUUGAUGCACCCAUAGACGGUUCCAAUGGUAGGAAGGAGGAUGAUGAUUGUACUGCACCGUUUGAGCCUAUCGUACCUGGAGGACCCUAUGUGGAGGAUUCCUGGGCUUUGGUGCCAUAUCGGCCUUUACAUUUCGGGUGGGAUAUCGGUGCUUCAGCUGACAGUCCACAUCAUGACCAAUCAGCUGAGAUUGAGGUGGAAGAUUGGAAGCAUAACGUUGGUGAUACAAGCCGAUUCGGUCGAGUUUACCACCAGUCACAUCACGUCAUCUCUCCUUACACCGACCCGUGUAAAAAGAAGGUCAAAUUUAAUCUUACUCGACCUAUUGAUGCAUCAAAGGAGAGGGCGUUCGAUGAGUGGUAUAGGGUGGCACCGAAGGAAGCAACCAUGUGUACAUCUUAUAUGACGGUGGGAAAUGAAUUUUUUGCUGAGCUACUGACCGAUGAAGGAUGGUUGAAUUCCGAUCAUAUUGACCCUAUUUUGUAUUUCAUACGAAAAAGGCGGUUUGAUAAUGAGAAGAUGUUCACCAACACCUGUGCCAUAUUAGACGUGUUAUUUUGGUCAUCCAUCAAAGGACGUUAUCCCAUAUGGAGGGCAUCUCGUAGCACAUAUUCAUGUGAUGCGACCCUUUGUAACUAUGUGCGUGGGAGGUCACCCAAACCUAGCAUGUCGUGGCAGAUAUGUGAUUAUGUGUACAUCCCUGUCAACAAUGGAGGCGCGCAUUGGUUGGCAGCAUGUGUGGACUUGAAGGCCCGGCAUAUUGAUUUAUACGAUCCAAAUAUGGGAAAUAAAUAUGUCCAGAAUAGAGAGUUGAAGAAUGCGGAAUGCCUUACGUAUAUGCUGCCUUACCUAUUGAGGGAUGGGGGAUAUUACGGGAAGAAUCCGGACGUGUCUCCCACUUUAGAUCCAUUCACGAUGACCAUGAUCAAAGAUGCACCCCGCCAAGAUAAUGGGGGUGAUUGUGGCGUCUACGCUCUGAAAUUUAUUGAAUAUAUGAGUAGUGAGGAGAACCCUUCAUUUGGUCCGCAAGACAUUAUGUUUUUUAGAAAAAAAUAUGCUGUUGAUUUGUACUUUAAUAAACUUUCAAUGUAGA